AUGGUCGCCAACGAACCUCAUCUUUGCUUUCGAUCUUUUGUCGAAGCUCUCAAGGCUGACAAUGAUCUGAUUGAGAUCAAUGAGCCUGUCGAUCCCAAUCUCGAAGUAGCUGCAAUCACACGUCUUGUUUGCGAAACAGACGACGCCGCUCCGCUUUUCAACAAUGUUAUUGGUGCGAAAGAUGGCUUGUUUCGAAUCCUCGGUGCCCCAGCAUCCCUUCGAAAAUCUUCCAAGGAUCGCUAUGGUCGUUUGGCCCGUCAUCUAGCCUUGCCACCUACUGCAUCUAUGAAAGAUAUCCUCGACAAGAUGUUAUCAGCCAGCGAGAUGACACCCAUUCCGCCUCAAAUCGUUCCCGAUGGUCCCUGCAAGGAGAACUUCCUCGAGGAGAGUCAAAUUGACUUGACUGCUCUACCUGCUCCGCUCAUUCACCAAGCUGAUGGAGGCAAGUACAUUCAAACGUAUGGAAUGCACAUCGUUCAAUCCCCAGAUGGAUCAUGGACCAAUUGGUCUAUCGCCCGAGCUAUGGUCUCCGACGAAAAGCACCUCACAGGUUUGGUGAUCGAACCUCAGCAUAUCUGGCAAAUCCAUCAAAUGUGGAAGAAAGAAGGCCGAGAUGUGCCAUGGGCUUUGGCAUUCGGUGUUCCGCCUGCUGCCAUCAUGGCAUCUAGUAUGCCAAUUCCAGAUGGAGUUACGGAGGCUAGCUAUGUGGGUGCUAUGACGGGCAGCGCGCUGGAACUGGUCAAAUGUGACACAAAUGAUCUUUAUGUCCCAGCCACUUCUGAAAUUGUCUUCGAGGGCACUUUGUCCAUCUCUGAGACGGGUCCGGAGGGUCCCUUUGGUGAGAUGCAUGGAUAUGUCUUCCCGGGUGACACUCAUCUGUGGCCCAAGUACAAGGUCAAUCGCAUCACCUACCGCAAUGACCCUAUUCUACCUAUGUCAUCAUGUGGUAGAUUGACUGAUGAGACUCACACUAUGAUUGGAGCCCUGGCAGCCGCUGAAAUCCGCAAGAUUUGCCAACAAAGUGGUCUCCCCAUCACCGAUUCAUUUUCCCCAUUUGAAUCGCAAGUCACCUGGGUAGCGCUAAAAGUAGACACUGCUCGUCUGCGAGAACUCAAAGCCACGCCUCAAGAAUUUGCGAAGAAGGUCGGAGACGUGGUCUUUAACCACAAGGCUGGCUAUACCAUCCAUCGUUUGGUUCUUGUCGGCGAUGAUAUUGAUGUUUACAACGGCAAGGACGUCAUGUGGGCUUUCUCUACCCGGUGUCGCCCUAAUUUCGACGAGACCUUCUUCGAGGAUGUGCGUGGAUUCCCACUGAUUCCCUACAUGGGACAUGGUAAUGGCUCGCCUACUAUGGGUGGUAAGGUUGUUUCAGAUGCCUUGAUGCCUUCUGAGUAUACUACCGGGCAAGACUGGGUGGCGGCAGACUUUGAGCAUUCUUAUCCGGACGAGUUGAAGCAAAAAAUUCUAGCCAAGUGGACCCAGAUGGGCUUUCGGGGCGAGUGA